AUGGACAAUGCCCCUGCUUCCAUUCAAAAGGCGUAUAGAGACUAUGACUGGGAAGAGAACCUCCUUUGGUACCAGGGAAAGCUAGUAGUUCCAGAUACAGAAGCAUUGAAGGAACAUCUCCUCAGAGAAUUCCACAACUCUCCCCUAGCUGGCCACCCUGGGCAACAACAAACCCUUGAACUCUUGAGUUGUACUUACUGGUGGCCUGGCAUGAAAUCCUCUGCCAAAGAAUGGGUGGAAUGUUGCCCUACCUGUCAAGCCAACCAACAAGCCCAUGCACCAGUAAUCACCUUAAAACCCUUGGAAGUUCCCCCUUUCCCAUUCCACACAAUUUCCUAUGACUUCAUCACAGGAUUCCCUAAGUCAGAGGGUUUUGAUACCAUACUAGUAAUAAUAGAUUCCUUCUCCAAGUUCAGACACUUCAUCUCCACCACAAAGAAGGUAUCUGCAAAAGGGUUGGCAGAACUAUUUAUCAACCAUGUUUGGAAACUCCAUGGCUUACCUGUCAAAACUGUAUUGGAUAGAGGAACUAUGUUCACCAGAAAAUUCCUACAAGCCCUGUACCAACAUCUAGGCAUCAAACUGUCCUUUUCCUUGGCAUACCACCCUGAGUCAGAUGGUAAGACCAAAUGGGUGAACCAAUUCAUAGAGUUCUACCUAAGAUCUUACAUUGCAGCAGAUCACUCAGACUGGGCAAAAUGGUUACCCCUGGCAGAAUAUGCAUACAACAAUGCCAAACAUGCAGCCACAGGAAAAUUGCCCUUUGAGCUAGUUUAUAGCAGAAACCCCAUGAUGAACCCCUCACAAGUCCCAGCAAACAUGCCAGAAGCAGACCAGGUUGCGGAAACCCUGGCAAGGGAAUGGAAGGAAGCCAAAGCUGCCCUUAGGAUGAGCAAGGAAAGAAUGACCAGAAACAAUGGAACAUUACUGGAAUACUCAGUUGGUGAUAAAGUCUGGUUAGACAGGAAAAACAUGGAGCUCAGGACCAAUUCCAACAAACUGGACCCAAAGCGGUUGGGACCUUUUGAAGUCACAGAAAAGGUCUCCAGUCAUGCCUACUGUCUAAAACUCCUGGAAACUUUGAAAAUCCACAACAUGUUCUAUGUAGGGCUGCUAUCAAAAAGCCACGACAACGUGUCACCAAGCCAACCUUAUCCAGAAAGACCCCCCCCUGAAACAAUAGAGGGAGAAGAAGAAUACAAGGUGGAACAAAUAUUAGACUCCAAAAGAAAACAAGGCAAAUGUUUCUAUCUUAUCAAAUGGAAGGGAUAUGGGCCAGAGGAUUACUCCUGGGAACCAGAAGAAUUGUUGGAACAUAGCCAGGACAAGAUCAAGCACUUUAACCGGGCAAGACUCAAAAAGGCUCAUGACGCUGCCAAGAGCCUUUAA